AUAACUUACAACACCUUGAAGUUAAUUUUAAUUAUAUAAUACACAUGCAUUGUGCUACAGCCGGCACUCCAUUAUGGAUAUUCAUUCAUACCAGCUCUGCACCCUUGAUAUCUUCAUCCCUCAUGAAAGCCUAUUUAUACCCCUCACAUCCUUCAACGUAACUCAUCAUCGAGUAAAUCAUCCAUCAUUAGCUCUUCAAACUGAGACAUGGCUUUCAAUUUAUCUCUAGUUCUAGCAAUAAUUUCCGCAACAAUUUUGAUUGCGAAUGCUGCAGAUCCAGACAUUUUAUCAGAUUUCAUAGUCCCCAAUGGAGUCACCCCAGAUGCCAACUUCUUCACCUUCAAAGGUCUGAAACAAUCUCUGUGGGGUUCCCCCAAUAAUGCAACCUUUAAAGUAACGAAAGCUAGCCAAAUUGAAUUCCCGGCUUUAACAGGCCUAAGUGUGUCCUAUGCUUCACUUCAAUUUGCCCGUGAUGGCAUAAACCCCCCUCAUACUCACCCUCGCUCUGCUGAGCUCUUGCUCGUCAUCCAAGGACAGCUUGAGGUUGGUUUAGUCGACUCUAGCAACAAGCUUUUUGUUCAAGUUCUUGAGACCGGUGACAUGUUUGUGUUUCCAAAGGGUUUAGUGCACUUCCAGGUGAACAAAGGCAAGUAUCCUGCUGUCGCUCUAUCGGCAUUUGGAAGUGCUAAUGCCGGUACUGUUUCUUUUCCCAAGACAUUGUUUGCAAGUGGGAUCGACAGUGAGGUGCUGGCUAAGUCAUUCAAGACUGAUGUUCAAACCAUUGGGAAGAUUGUUUCGGGUGUUACCUCAAAUUGAGAUGAUUCUGAGGUCUGUGGAGUUAUUUGUUUGUGUCAGUUAUGUUUGUUGUGUGUUUGAUUGAUUGCAUCGGUGUCACACAGUUUGUUUAAUGUUUCUCGUUGUUUGUUCUUUGCUAAUCUUGU